CGCAAUAAUAUUUUUCUACACGGUUGGUUGAUGGAGUAAUAAAAAAUUUGAUGCAAAUAUUACAUAGAUCCACAUGAGACAUAGUUGGGAGUGUCUCAAUUGCUAAAAUAUUACAAAUUUACGGUAAACUCAUUAUAAAUGUUAGUCAACCUGCUGAAUGACUAAAUGAAAAUUUCUCUUAGAGACAAUUUUGAUAAAAAAAACCUAAUAAGAACGGUUUAUCAUGGCUUUAAAAUUUUAGAUUUCAAUAUCAUAUUGUUUAAAAUCCGAAUUUCAAUGACUAAUACUUUAGUGACCCUAAAGUUUUGUGGCAAAUUAUCUAGUUUGACUCAUGAAAGAGCUCAACCCUUCAACCCAAACUUAGAGAAUAGAGUUAGAGCACAGCUGAGGUAGAUCGACAAGUCAUUUUCUGGCUUUUCAUUACAAACACUACUAGACAUAUUUGAAGUCACUAAAAAGAGGUAGAGGGAUCUUUCCUAACGGCAGAGAUUGCAAACACACAAGCGGAAUGGAGACUAAUCACUUCUUUGUCAUUAGACAAGAGUUUGCCGUCUCUUGACAAUUUAUUUAGAGAUUCAAUCCCUUCCUCUCCCUCAAAUCCUGCCGUCAUUAGCAAAACUGCGUUUCAAUUGGUUGGCACCUUUGAUGAUUUGAGGAACCUAGUUGUUUGCUCUAUUUUAGUUCACUGGUUUACUUGCAUAUGUAAUACGCGGAUGAAACACCUAAUAUCACAUGUGCUCGAAAUUUCACGAUCCUUGUUUGUUAAAUAAAUGGUAAUCAGACAUGUACAAACUUCAAGUCUUAUGAGUGACUUUCGUUUAAAGAAGAGUGUUGCUAUGUGAUAUAUGAUCCAUUAUUAAACAUCUCCCAAGUCCCAACAACAACUUGAAUUGUUAUUGGGAUUAUCUGAUUCCUGACAAAUUUAUUUAUAAAUUAUUAUACGAAAACCUCGAAAUAUCAUAAAGUUACUACAUUCCACACCUAAUACAAGAUAAGGUCACUUGUAUCCAAGAGCACAUCCAAAUUGGGCACCAAUAAUAAGUCUAAUAUUGGUCCAAAUAAUCCCAAUCCAAGUGAGAAACUUGAGAAAAAGUUAAGGUGAAGUAGCAUCCAGUUCUUCCCCAACAAAAUAGGCAAACUUAAUAACUCCAAAUUGGUAUAGCCAAAUCCAAACUCACAGGAAGCAGAGUUUUCAUUUCCCAGUAAAAACCCAAAAGAGUUUAAAAAAAAAAAGAUUAAGACUUUUGUUGAUCUCAGAACUACCCUCAACUACCACUAUAAGACAGAACAAUAAGCACACAAAGAACAAAAAACAAAACAAAGUGUUGGAUAAUAAGUUAAUAACCAGAACAAAGAUUAGACACUUCCCUUCCAAUCCCUCUCUCUCUCUCUUUGCUCCCUUUAUAUACACAAACACCAUAUCUUCCAAAAUCAACAAUAAUAACAACAGUACAACACAACAACAUGCUCUCUAAGUAAGUUAGCUAUUCUUACCAAAUCAUACCCAAACUCUUCCCUUAUUCCCUCACAAAUCCCUCUUUUGACUUCUCCACCUUCCCUUUUGGUCAAUGAUCACACAAGUUCCUCACUUACCACAAACUUCUUCUUCAGGGCGAGAGAGAAAAUGGGUAGUGAAGAAUCAGAGCCAAGCACCCAAAUCCAUCAGCAAACUCCGGCCGGGGCCGCCGCGGCGGAGUCCGAUCACAUGUUGGAUUGCUGGUUGGAAUCAGUCUCCUACCUCCCAUCUUUCCUAGACGAUCCCAACGAUCUCAACUCCUACCAAUGGAUUUCCGGUUGGAAUCAGGCCGACGAAUUCGGCGGCGGCGACCCUCUUGCCACCGCCACUCCUCCGAUGCAACACAAUCAGCAGAAUGGAAGCUUCAACGCAACGGCAACAAUGGCAGCGGCUGCAACUCCUCCUCAAAGCCUUCUUCUCCCCCCUACCAAUAACAGUACAUUCCAAAAUUACUCCACCUCCCUUCUGAUUCAACCUGAGAACCCGAUCAAAUUCGAUCAUCCAACGCCACAGCCAACGAUCUCCAACCCCCCACCCAAGAAGCGCAAAUUGCCCGAUUCUCCCGCUCCGAAACCCGCCCCGAUCAGCAACCCGAAGAAAAGCCAGAGCUUUGUCGACGAUCAGCACGAGGAUUCUGCUAUCCCAGCAGCCGGCGGCGGCGGCGGCGGAAGGAGGGCGAGCGGAGGGAAGAAAGGCGGGAAACAGAGUCAGGGGAGCGGGAGUAAUAACAAGGACGGGAGCAACAAGGAAGGGAGGUGGGCAGAGCAGCUCCUGAAUCCCUGCGCCGCCGCCAUCGCCGCCGCCAACUUCUCCCGCGUCCAGCACCUGCUCUACGUCCUCCACGAGCUCUCCUCCCUCACCGGAAGCGCCAACCACCGCCUCGCCGCCUACGGCCUCCGAUCCCUAACCCACCACUUAUCCCCUGCUUCUCCGCCGCCGCCGGCGACGGCGGCCGGGUCCAUCACGUUCGCCACGACGGAGCCCAAAUUCUUCCAGAAAUCGCUGCUGAAAUUCUACGAGGUCAGCCCCUGGUUCUCGUUUCCGAACAAGAUCGCGAACGCGUCGAUCCUCCAAAUUCUAGGUCAAGAAACCGAUCCAUUGCGAAACCUUCACAUCCUCGACAUCGGAGUUUCCCACGGAGUCCAGUGGCCGACCUUACUCGAAGCUCUCACCCGCCGCACCGGAGGGCCGCCGCCGCUGGUGAGAAUCACUUUAUUGACCGCCGCCGCCAUGGAAACCAACCAGAUCGGAGAAACCCCGUUCUCGAUCGGACCUCCGGGGGACAAUUUCGCCACCAGGUUGCUCUGUUUCGCCAAAUCGAUGAACAUAAACCUGCAGAUCAACCGCCUCGACAACCGCCCGUUGCAAACCCUAAACCCCCAAAUCAUCGACACGAAUCACGAGGAAACCCUAAUCGUCUGCGCCCAAUUCCGCCUCCACGGGCUGAGCCACAACAAUCCCGACGAGAGAACAGAGUUUCUGAAAACACUGAGGCGAUUGGAGCCGAAGGGAGUGGUUCUGAGCGAAAACAACAUGGAUUGCAGCUGCAACGGGUGCGUGGAUUUCCCGACGGGGUUUUCUCGGAGAGUGGAGUACCUGUGGCGAUUCUUGGACUCGACGAGCUCGGCGUUCAAAGGGAGGGAGAGCGAGGAGAGGAGGAUGAUGGAAGGGGAAGCGGCGAGGGCGCUUGUGAGAGGUGGAGGUGGGGAGAUGAAGAACGAGAGGAAGGAGAAGUGGUGCGAGAGGAUGAGAGGGGUUGGGUUCUGCGGGGAAGGGUUUGGGGAAGACGCCAUUGAUGAAGCUCGAGCUCUGCUGAGGAAGCACGAUGGGAAUUGGGAGAUGAGGGUGGAGGAGAGGGAUGGGUUCGUGGGGUUGUGGUGGAAAGGGCAGCCGGUGUCGUUCUGCUCGCUGUGGAAGCUGGAAGGCGGCGGCGGCGACGGGGAGUGAAUGUAUUGGGGUUAAGCAGAUUGAAGAACAGAAACUGAAAUAGUCCAUCUUUUGGCGGGAGAUCUGCAGAUUCUCCUUUUUUUUUGGUGUGUGUUUGUUUAUGUUCGUCCGCUGUAAAUGGUAAAAAAGAAGUGAAAGGUUUUUGGUCCUUUUUUACGCUUUUACAAAUUUUGUGGGUGUUUUGGUUAAAUGCCAAUGCCAUGAUCUUGUUGUAUGUAAGAUCAUCUUUUUGGUGCAGUAGCCAGUAGGAAAGGAAUCAAAGGAUACACUUCGU